AUGUCUGGAUUCGAAGUUGUCGGUGUUGUCCUAGCCGUGCUGCCCAUCCUCGUCGCCGCGCUUGACGCGCCUGUGAUUCCGAGGACCCUCGCGGCGUUUCGGAAGCGCGCCUUCGUCGCCAAGCUCGCGCGCGCCCUCCUGCUCCAGAAACAAACCAUCGCCGAGAACAUCAAGUCCAUCGCUAGCCUUAGCGGCUGUGACGAUGUCUGGCUUGUCGACGACGACCCCUUCACGUAUCUUCUCUCCAAGCAGGUCCAAGAACAAAUCCGAGACUAUCUGGGGGAGGAGAACUACGCUGCCUUGAGCGGGGUGAUGACCGACAGCCACCAAACUCUGGAAAGGAUAGCUGGAAGUAUCGAAGGGCUGCUGCCCGGUGGCGAGAGUACCUCGAACAAGCUGCGCGACAUCAUUGCCACCAACGAUAAUGCAAAAGGGAAACCAGACAUCCGAUCCCGAAUCAAGGUGCUGUUCAAAGGACCGGAUCUCACCGCAGCGGUAAAGGAUCUCGACGAUACGACGGCUCAAAUCGACCGAUUUGCGAGAGUUCUUGUGUCUAACCAGCACAGCGCGACAAGCAUACCGUCCAGGAAGGCCACAAACCUUGCAAGGGCUUUGCGGCGGAUCCGGGAUCUCGCCGGAAAGGUACCUGCCGCUCUCAAUCGCGGCUUCACAUCGGGAUGCCACACACAACAUGAAGCAAACCUGUUUCUGGAGGACCGACUGUCGACGGCCGCUGGCAUCUUGGAUCACGGCCGGAUGCGGACCCAGUCCGACCCGCUGAUGGACUUCCGCCUUGCAAUUGCUACCCGGCAUCCCACCGGACUGUCGUGGGCUUAUGAGACGGCGGUGCACGUUUUCAGGGAGGAGGACGAUGAGUGCAAACGGCCGGCCCUUCCCGAAUCCCCGGAUCCCAGUCGACACGGGACCCCGUCCAUCCAAGUCGUCGCGUUUGGGGCAUCGCUGAACCCGCCCCGGAUCCCGCCGGACAUCCUCCACAUCGAGAGUAUCUGCGGCGUGCUCGAGGCCCCAAGCAGAUUCGGGGUGCCCCAGGGCGCCUGCUUCGUCCUGACGCGCCAGCAACGCAUCGGUGUGUACUGCCGCCGCAACAGGGCCGCGGCCACUGCCUUUCCUAAGGUCAGCGGAAACAAGAUCUCGCUCGGGGCGCUCCUGUCCGCGGCCCACAAGGCCCCUCUCAAAUUCCGCAUGCUGCUUGCCCUCCGGCUGGCAUCCAACCUCCUCCAGCUGUCCCAGACCCACUGGCUGCAGAAGCCCUGGUCCAAACACGAGCUCUACUUCCCCGUCCGCCCGCUCCCGCAGGGGGGAGCCAAGGGACUUGCCUCUUCCCCCGCCCACGAAGCACCCGACUUCAACCAGCCCUUCAUCUCCCUCGCCUUGGAAACCAGCGGCCCAGCCCCCACCUGCCCGGGUGGUGCCAUCGACGCCAGAGCCACACUCCUAGAGCUGGGAAUCCUUCUCCUCGAGAUCUGGCACCAAUCUCCCUUUGAAGCCCGCCCGGCCGCAACAGGAGGCGGGUACUACCAGCGCCUGGCGGCGGCGCUGGAAUGGCUGGACGAUACGGCCGACGUGGACCCCAUGCCGGAGCUGUAUGACCGUGCGACGUCGUUAUGCAUUCAGGGUGUGAUUGGGGGGCAGUCGAAGCUGGCGGAUUGGGAGGAUAUGAGGUUUUGGGCAGGCAUGUGUGUGGAUGUAAUUGAGCCGUUGGAAAGGGGGUGUCAGGUGUGGCGGAGGGAGAGUUAAUUACGGGUUUGUAUUGUCUUGGUAGCUGGGACUGUAGCUGUAGUAACAACGAAGUCGAGC